AUGGCUGAAGGAGGCUCGGGAAGUGCAGAUAUUUCACUUUCUAUGGGCAUAGUCCGAGAAGAAGUUAAAAAAGACAGGUUUAAGACAAUUGGGAGUGCAUGUAUCAUAAGAUAUCCUUCGUCGCCAAAGAAAAGUCCGCUAGACCCGAAGGCCGCGUCGGUCGAACAAAAAGAAUACGCGUGUGUGCUAGCAACAACCAGUGAAGUAGUUUCCAAAGCUGAUUUAACCUCCUCCAAAAAGUUUUGGGUGCAAUUCUCAUCCGACAAGUUAUGGUGUAAAUUCAGCCUUGACAAUGUUGAGUUCAUGGAAAUGCGUCCUUCCAAUGAAGCGUCAAGUCUCACGUUAUUUCCGAUAAAAUCAUCGCUCAAGCAAACGCAGUCUUCCCGAUUGAUACUCGGAGAUGAUUGGACACCAAAUCGAUCCCAACCAUGCUAUCAGGCACAAAGUAAAACGGAGGUAAAAGACACCAAGAACGAGCUCAUUUGCUAUGUCUUGGCAGAAGAUGUCAGCACAGGAAAGUUUCGUCCCGCGUGUUACUUCCUCUCUGUAGACGAACGUGGCUCGUACUAUCUACACCCCCACGGCAACAAAGCUAUAAUGAAAAAGUUAGGCGACUUCCAGUCAACAGAGAAACCGAAAGGCUCGGUCAUCCUAAACGAAGACAAAUACGUCGUUGGGUUUUUAGCGUUCGGCGAUACAAAUGAGAUCCAUCCAUUUUUUUUACCAGAUUACCUCCAAGAUAACAACGUUCCAAGACAGGCCUUAUCGACUGAGGCUACCCGUAACCCUGGGGACCAUAACCAAAACAAGACCGACGAGAAUCUCAUGUUAGAAGUCACCAUAAGAAAUAUGCACUUAGAACAAAUGGUUGGAAAUCAAAAUGAACCACAGGAGAUGUCUUACACAUCAUACAACAGAGAUUUACUCCAGAGUUCUUCAAGUGAGCAUUUGACACCCAGGGCACGAAGGAGGCUCUCUAACAGCCAAAGUGUGUUGGAGCCAAUUCCUCUCGAUGAAGACUUUCCUUUUCCCACGACAGUUACGGAUCCCACCCCCUUUGAGCACAAACCAACUCUUCAAGAAAGACACAGCAAUUCCCAACAUGGGAUGGAUAGAACUGUAACAAUGCAAACUGGUGAGGUCUCCACAAAGAUGAAACAUGUCAAUGCAGGUUCAUAUGUAGAAGAAUUAAUCCUCAGAAAGGAACUCAUCAUGGAUCUGCUUUCCCUCUAUUUGGAUAGAUCAAUCUAUCCAAAGUUCAGAGGUGCCCCAUCAUUGGUACAACAUUGGGAACAUCUUGCAGACUACUGUGGAGUAGAUGCUAAAAUCAAAAAGCAGUGUAGGAACUCUGCUCAUCUGAGCCCAAGUGAAGCUAUGUUUAAACACUUGUGCCAAUCUUGGGAGUCAAUUGACGUUGGAACCCUGAAACAGAACCUCCUGGAAAUUAAAAGGAAAGAUGUUUAUGAUGAGCUUGCAAACAGUCAGGAUUUGCUUGAUGAUGACAGUAUGAAUGACCUUUGUAAUAAACACCCGGAAACAUUGUGGAACAUUUGUUUACACCUUGAUGACAAUCGUUCUGUCCAGUAUUGGUAUCACUUAGGACUCAAGAUAGGUAUUGGUGGUGAGAUACUGCGGAGCUUUAAAGGUCCCUAUGAAUUUAGCCCAAGCAAGGCAAUCUUAGAGACGAUUGAGACACUGAAACCAGAGCUUUCAUUAAUGGAGGUGCAAAUGGUUUUGCUUGAGGUGGAAAAGUGGUUGCCAGGCAUAUGCAAUGUGCUGAACAAUUUGCUGGGUAAUUUAGGAUGGAAUUUCAAUAUAAUUCUCACUUAA